CCACAGGUACGUUUUCGUCUUUGUUUCCCCUAAACGUUGCAAAUAUUUUCCACCUGAAAACUUGCAAAAAGAGAGCGUAACGUAUUUCAGGUGGCGGACCACCGCCUGAGCCGCUAGACGACAGGCUCACCCGAGUCGAGGCGCUCGUGCCGCACGUGGCGGUGCGAGUGCCGAACCCAUUUGACAGCGACAGGCAGUCGCAGACGCCAGCCAGUGAAGCCGUUACAGACAUUAUUGACAGCAUGAUGCAUGAGACCGAUUCACGGUACCACGACAGCGACGAUGAGUUCGGGAUGAAUAGUAACCUUAGCCAGGCAGGUGGGUUUGCCGAGGCUACAUCACAGCAGUGCUCGCCAGCACCUCCUCUCAGCAGUGGUGGGCUGCCUGCAGAAACAGCAACCUCAAGGCCAUCGGGCAGCCAAAACAGAGAAGAUGCUUUCAUGGACCAAGGCUCAGGAGCUGAGCCAGUUGUUCGCCGUCGCCAAAGUGGUCGUCUUGCUGCUGUCGACACAGCAUUAUCGACGGAGCUGGAGGCUCGCCUUCGUGCUGUAGACGACGAGAGAAAUCAAAGACGUAUUGAACACGAGGCCAGGAUGAAAAUGAUAUCAGGCGAACAUGCUUUGAAGAUGCAGCAAUAUACCGAUGAACGGCGCAAACGGAGUGCGCUGCACAGAAUGAAGGUGCGUGUUCUAAAAGCUAAAGAGAAGGUACAAAACUUCAAACAAGCAAUUCUAAAAAAGCAGCUCGAACUCCUCAGGCCAGGAGGCAUUGCUGAAUGUGACCUCGUUCCACAAGACUAAAGGCAUUUUUUUUUCAGAGGCGGCAGCAAUAAUAAACCUAGCCACAAGCCAUAUAAAUGAAUAAAGUCAAUUUCAUUUAUCCUGAAGAAUCGCCACUGUCUGAUAUGCGAACACUUCUCCACUUUUAAUUACGCAGCACAGAUCGCAG